AUGUCCAAGCCUCAACCCGGGGAGGAGGAGAAGGUCCCAGCCGAGCAGCCGGGGGCUCACACCGUGGCCAAGCCCCCGAUGUCGCCCACCCCCGUGACCCCCAGCUCGUCACCGAGGGCUGGCAAGGCUGCGGCAGGGGACAAGGAGCAGAUCGUGGUGUACAACCCUGCUGCUCUUCGCCGGCCCACCCUGGCCAAGUUUGUGCUGGGUUCCUUUGAGGACAACUCCUCUGACGACGAGCUGGUGACCACGGCCUUCAGGGUGGGCAGCCGGCGCAGCAGCCUGGUCGGGAUGGGGGGGACCAGUGCUGAGCCCCUGGCUGUGGCCACCCCACAGGAGCCGGCCACUGGCAUGAGGCCCAGCAUGUCCGGGCUGAACCUGGCGAAGAGGGGCCGGGAGCACAGGAAGAUGGAGCUGCAGAGGGACUUCACCGUCGCCUCGCCGGCAGAGUUUGUCACCCGCUUCGGGGGCACCCGCGUCAUCGAGAAGGUGCUCAUCGCCAACAACGGCAUCGCGGCGGUGAAGUGCAUGCGCUCCAUCCGCCGCUGGGCCUACGAGAUGUUCCGCAACGAGCGCGCCAUCCGCUUCGUGGUCAUGGUCACCCCUGAGGACCUCAAGGCUAAUGCUGAGUACAUCAAAAUGGCAGAUCACUACGUGCCUGUCCCUGGGGGGGCCAACAACAACAACUAUGCCAACGUGGAGCUAAUCGUGGACAUUUCCAAACGGAUCCCAGUGCAGGCUGUGUGGGCUGGCUGGGGACAUGCCUCAGAAAACCCCAAGCUGCCAGAGCUGCUGCAGAAAAAUGGGAUAGCUUUCCUAGGUCCCCCCAGUGAUGCCAUGUGGGCUCUAGGGGACAAAGUCGCCUCCACCAUCGUGGCUCAGACGGUCCAGAUCCCCACACUGCUGUGGAGUGGGAGUGGUCUGAUGGCCCAGUGGUCUGAGGAGGAACAGAAGGAUCAGCAGAUGAUCAGCAUUCCCCUUGAGACAUACGCACGAGGCUGUGUGAAGGACGUGGAAGAAGGCCUGGAGAUAGCCAAGAGGAUCGGCUACCCACUGAUGAUCAAGGCAGCAGAAGGUGGUGGGGGAAAAGGCAUCCGAAAAGUGGAGGUAGCAGAGGAAUUUGGCACCAGCUUCCGGCAGGUGCAGGCAGAGGCCCCCGGGUCCCCCAUCUUCCUGAUGAAGCUGGCGCAGCACGCGCGGCACCUGGAGGUGCAGGUGCUGGCAGAUGAGUACGGCAACGCCAUCUCCCUCUUCGGCCGCGACUGCUCCAUCCAGCGCCGGCACCAGAAGAUCAUCGAGGAGGCACCCACCACCAUUGCAGACCCCUCUGUUAUCGAGGUGAUGGAGAAGUGUGCUGUCCGCCUGGCUCAGAUGGCUGGCUACGUGAGCACAGGCACCGUGGAGUACCUCUACAGUGAGGACGGGAGCUUCCACUUCCUGGAGCUGAACCCGCGCCUGCAGGUGGAGCACCCGUGCACAGAGAUGAUCGCCGAUGUGAACCUCCCCGCUGCCCAGCUGCAGAUUGCAAUGGGUAUCCCCUUGCACAGGAUCAAAGACAUCCGGGUGCUGUACGGGGAGAGCCCGUGGGGCGAUACUCCCAUCUGCUUCCACAGCCCCACCAACCCCCCCGUGCCCAGGGGACACGUCAUCGCCGCCCGCAUCACCAGCGAGAACCCCGAGGAGGGCUUCAAGCCUAGCUCGGGGACAGUGCAGGAGCUGAACUUCCGCAGCAGCAAGAACGUCUGGGGGUAUUUCAGCGUGGCAGCAGCUGGGGGCCUGCACGAGUUUGCUGAUUCCCAGUUUGGGCACUGCUUCUCGUGGGGAGAGAACCGGGAGGAGGCCAUCUCGAACAUGGUGGUUGCCCUGAAAGAGCUGUCCAUCCGUGGGGAUUUCCGGACCACGGUGGAGUAUCUGGUUAAGCUGCUGGAGACAGAGAGCUUCCAGAACAACGAGAUAGACACGGGCUGGCUGGACCAUCUGAUUGCCGAGAAAGUGCAGGCAGAGAAGCCGGACACGAUGCUGGGUGUUGUCUGUGGUGCCCUGAACGUGGCAGAUGCUGCCUUCAGGACCUGCAUGACUGACUUCCUGCACUCGCUGGAGAGGUUAAUAAAGAAGCUCCUUUUCUUGCUUUUAAACUCAGUUGAACUUCAUGCAAAAACUCCCUACUCACAACAAAAGCAGCAGGUUGCCCGCCAGUCCCUGACCACUUAUGUCAUCAUCAUGAACUGCACCCACCUGGAGAUCGACGUGCACCGCCUGAACGACGGCGGGCUGCUGCUCUCCUACCACGGCAACAGCUACACCACCUACAUGAAGGAGGAGAUCGACAGAUACCGCAUCACCAUUGGGAACAAAACCUGUGACUUUGAGAAGGAGAAGGACCCGACGGUGCUGCGCUCGCCCUCGGCAGGGAAGCUGCUGCAGUACACGGUGGAUGAUGGUGGGCACGUGGCUGAGGGCAGUGUUUUUGCAGAGAUCGAGGUGAUGAAGAUCAUCAUGACACUGACGGUGGAGGAGGCGGGGCGGGUGCACUACGUCAAGCGGCCGGGCGCGCUGCUGGAGGUGGGCUGUGUCAUAGCCCGGCUGGAGCUGGAUGAUCCCACCAAAGUGAAGCCUGCACAGCCAUUCUUGGGGGGGUUGCCAGCCCAGCAGACCCUCCCCAUCACUGGUGACAAGCAGCACCAGGUUCUUCGCAAUGUGCUGGACAAUCUCACCAACAUCAUGAAUGGGUACUGCCUACCUGAGCCCUACUUCAGCACUAAGGUAAAGGAGUGGGUGGAGCAGCUGAUGAAGACCCUGCGGGACCCCUCCCUGCCCCUCCUGGAGCUGCAGGAGAUCAUGACAAGCAUUUCAGGAAGAAUCCCACUCUCCGUGGAGAAGGCGAUCCGGAAGGUGAUGGCGCAGUACGCCAGCAACAUCACCUCGGUGCUCUGCCGCUUCCCCAGCCAGCAGAUCGCCAACGUGCUGGACACCCACGCAGCCACCCUGCAAAGGAAGUCUGAGCGGGAGGUCUUCUUCAUGAACACACAGAGCGUGGUGCAGCUCGUGCAGAGGUACCGCAGCGGCAUCCGGGGCUACAUGAAAACGGUGGUGUUGGAUCUGCUGAGACGCUACCUGCAAGUGGAGACACAGUUCCAGCAUGCUCAUUAUGACAAGUGUGUUAUCAGCCUGCGGGAGCAGUGCAAACCCGACAUGACACCUGUGCUGGAGAGCAUCUUCUCUCACGCCCAGGUGGCAAAGAAGAACUUGCUGGUGAUCAUGUUAAUUGACCAGCUCUGUGGCCGUGACCCCACGCUGACAGACGAGCUGACAGCCAUCCUCAACGAGCUGACCCAGCUCAGCAAGACCGAGCACUCCAAAGUGGCGCUGAGAGCCCGGCAGGUGCUCAUUGCCUCUCACCUGCCCUCCUACGAGCUGCGGCACAACCAGGUGGAGUCCAUCUUCCUCUCUGCUAUCGACAUGUAUGGACACGAGUUCUGCCCUGAAAACCUGAAGGGGGUCUUACUUCUGAUCCUCUCAGAAACCAGCAUCUUUGACGUGCUCCCCACCUUCUUCUACCACACCAACCAGGUGGUGCGCAUGGCAGCGCUGGAGGUGUACGUGCGGCGCGGUUACAUCGCCUACGAGCUGAACAGCCUGCAGCACCGGCAGCUCUCGGAUGGCACCUGCCUGGUGGAGUUCCAGUUCAUACUGCCCUCCUCCCACCCCAACAGAUUGUCUGUCCCUGUCAGCAUCUCCAACCCUGACCUGGUCAGGCACAGCACUGAGCUCUUCAUGGACAGUGGCUUUUCUCCCCUGAGCCAGCGGAUGGGAGCCAUGGUGGCCUUCAACAAAUUUGAGGACUUCACAAGGAACUUCGAUGAAGUGAUCUCGUGCUUUGCCAACCCGCCUUCAGAGAGCGCGCUCUUCAGCGAGGCACGAGCCACCGUCUAUGAGGAGGAGGAUGCCAAGAGCCUCCGUGAGGAGCCAAUCCACAUCCUCAACAUAGCACUCCACUGUGCCGAAUGCGCAGAGGAUGAGAAGCUGGUGCCCAUCUUUAGAGCCUUUGCCCAGUCCAAGAAAAACAUCCUUGUUGACUGUGGUCUCCGCAGAAUCACGUUUCUCAUUGCCCAGCAGAGAGAAUUCCCGAAGUUCUUCACCUUCAGAGCCAGGGAUGAGUUUGCAGAGGACCGCAUCUACCGGCACCUGGAGCCGGCGCUGGCCUUCCAGCUGGAGCUGAGCCGCAUGCGCAACUUCGACCUGACGGCCAUCCCCUGUGCCAACCACAAGAUGCACCUCUACCUGGGAGCUGCCAAGGUGCAAGCGGGUGCCGAGGCCACCGACUGCCGCUUCUUCAUCCGCGCCAUCGUGCGCCACUCGGACCUCAUCACCAAGGAGGCUUCCUUUGAGUACCUGCAGAAUGAGAGCGAGCGGCUGCUGCUGGAGGCGAUGGAUGAGCUGGAGGUGGCCUUCAACAACACCACCGUCCGCACCGACUGUAACCACAUCUUCCUCAACUUUGUCCCAAAGGUCGUCAUGGACCCUUCCAAGAUCGAGGAGUCAGUGCGGUCCAUGGUGAUGCGCUACGGGAGCCGCCUCUGGAAGCUGCGGGUCCUGCAGGCUGAGGUGAAGAUCAACAUCCGCCUGACGCCCUCUGCCCCCGCCAUCCCCAUCCGCCUCUUCAUCACCAACGAGUCUGGCUACUACCUGGACAUCAGCCUCUACAAAGAAGUGAGGGACCCCAGCACUGGCAGUAUCAUGUUUCAGUCGUUUGGGAACAAGCAAGGGCCACAGCACGGGAUGCUCAUCAACACCCCCUAUGUCACCAAGGACCUGCUUCAGGCAAAGCGGUUCCAGGCACAGUCCUUGGGCACCACCUACGUGUAUGAUUUCCCAGAGCUGAUCAGGCAGGCUCUCUUCAAGCUAUGGGGCUCCUCAGACCUGUAUCCCAAGGAUGUCCUGACAUACACUGAGCUGGUGCUGGACUCACACGGGAACCUCGUGCAGAUGAACAGGGUCCCUGGAGGGAACGAGGUGGGGAUGGUUGCUUUCAAAAUGAAGCUGAAGACCCCCGAGUACCCGGAAGGCCGGGACAUCGUGCUCAUCUGCAACGACAUCACCCACAAGAUCGGGUCCUUCGGGCCGGAGGAGGACCUGGUGUUCCUGAGGGCCUCGCAGCUGGCGCGGGCCGAGGGCGUCCCCCGCGUCUACAUCGCUGCCAACAGCGGCGCCCGCAUCGGCUUCGCUGAGGAGAUAAAGCACAUGUUCCAGGUGGCCUGGGAGGACCCUGCAGAGCCCUACAAGGGGUUCAAGUACCUGUACCUGACUCCCCAGGACUACAAAAGGAUCAGUACCAUGAACUCGGUGCACUGUGAGCACGUGGAGGAAGGGGGUGAGUCCAGGUACGUUCUGCUGGACAUCAUCGGGAAGGAGAAUGGAUUUGGGGUGGAAAACCUGAGAGCUGCUGGCACCAUUGCUGGGGAGUCCUCUCGUGCUUAUGAUGAAAUAGUGACCAUCAGUAUGGUGUCCUGUCGUGCCAUUGGGAUUGGUGCCUACCUGGUGAGACUGGGCCAGCGUGUCAUCCAGGUGGAGAACUCCCACAUCAUCCUCACUGGUGUCACUGCUCUCAAUAAGGUGCUGGGCCGGGAGGUUUACACAUCCAAUAACCAGCUGGGAGGUGUGCAGAUCAUGCACAAUAACGGAGUUUCCCAUGUCACUGUCCCAGAUGACUUUGAGGGGGUCUACACCAUCCUGCAGUGGCUCUCAUACAUACCCAAGGAUAACAAGAGCCCAGUGCCCAUCACUGCCAUAAGUGACCCCAUUGAAAGAGAAAUCGAAUUUGUCCCUUCCAAAGUCCCCUAUGACCCCAGGUGGAUGCUGGCAGGAAGACCUCAUCCAACUCAGAAGGGGACCUGGCAGAGUGGCUUCUUUGACCAGGGCAGCUUCUUGGAGAUCAUGAGACCAUGGGCUCAGACAGUUGUGGUUGGCAGAGCAAGGCUGGGAGGUCUCCCAGUGGGUGUCAUCGCCGUCGAGACCCGCACCGUGGAGGUGGCAAUCCCUGCAGACCCUGCCAACCCAGAGUCGGAGGCAAAGAUAAUCCAGCAGGCUGGGCAGGUCUGGUUUCCAGACUCUGCUUUUAAAACAGCCCAGGUCAUUCGGGACUUCAACCGGGAGCAUCUCCCACUGAUGAUCUUUGCCAACUGGCGAGGCUUCUCCAGUGGAAUGAAAGACAUGUACGACCAAAUGCUGAAGUUCGGUGCCUUCAUUGUCGACAGCCUCCGGGACUUCAAGCAGCCUGUCCUGGUCUAUAUUCCCCCGCACGCGGAGCUGCGGGGAGGCUCCUGGGUGGUCAUCGACUCCACCAUCAACCCCCUGCACGUGGAGCUCUAUGCAGACAAGGAGAGCAGGGGAGGCAUUUUGGAGCCUGGAGGAACAGUGGAGAUCAAGUUCAGGAAGAAAGAUUUGGUGAAGACCAUGAGAAGGAUCGAUACAGUCUAUGCCAAACUUGUUGAGCAGCUGGGGAACCCUGAGCUGCCCAAGGAACAGCGCAGGGAGCUGGAGAAGCAGCUGAAGGCCCGGGAGGAGCUGCUCCUGCCCGUGUACCACCAGGUAGCCGUGCGCUUUGCUGACCUGCACGACACCCCGGGCCGCAUGCAGGAGAAGGGCGUCAUCACCGACAUCCUGGAGUGGAAGAACGCCCGCUCUUUCCUUUACUGGCGGCUGCGGCGGCUGCUGCUGGAGGAGAUGGUGAAGGCAGAGGUGCUGAAGGCCAACAGUGAGCUGAGCCACAUCCACAUCCAGUCCAUGCUGCGGCGCUGGUUCAUGGAGACAGAAGGAGCUGAGAAGGGCUACCUCUGGGACAACAACCAGGUGGUGGUGGAGUGGCUGGAGAAACACAUGCAAGAGGACAAAGACGCCCGGUCAGCCAUCCGGGAGAACAUCAAGUACCUGAAGAGGGACUACAUGCUCAAGCACGUCCAGGGCUUGAUCCAAGCCAAUCCAGAGAUGGCCAUGGACUGCAUCAUCCAGAUGACCCAGCACGUCACCCGGGCUCAGAAGGCCCACAUCGCCCAUCUCCUUUCAACAGUAGAUGAUGACAACCCACCUUGA